AUGAGCUUCCGUCUUCUGAAGCAUGGGCUCAGUGACCAGGCUCGCAGGCUCAUCCUGUCGAUUAUCCAGGAGCAAAAGGGACCCAUUUCUGUCCAGGAUAUCUUCAGAGUUGCUGUUCAGAAGGAGUCCGAAUCGCUUGGGACACCUAUUAUCGAACGUCCAGCAGCAACCACCGACGUGCCCUACCCCGAACAUGAAGUAAAGUCCAUGCGAUAUCUCAAGAAAGUUGUGCUGCCCAUUCUCGCUGAAGCACACGAGAUAGAGAAGGUGCAUUCUACGUACACUCUCACACCGGAAGAGAUCGAGCAGCGGCUCUCGACUAUGACAAAGUCUUCACGAAGGGGCCAGGCGCCGCCCUCGACGAUCGACCUAUGGCGGUGGCAGGUGAAGGCCGUCAAACCGACGGUGCCCAAACCAAAGACAAAAGAGAUAUACGGAACAGAAGUGGGGGUGGGAGAAGAUUUCUCGCAUCUGAACAAACGGCGGCAGAGGUCCCGAGUGCUUGGGAUAGCACGAGACGUAAGGUGGUUGAAAAAGCUGGAGGUGGCCAAGGAGGAAGGUUUGGGGACUUUGGCUUCGUCAUCAUAG